AUGAUCCACAAUCUUCAGAUCCUCCUGUGCAUCAACGUCAACUACUUCCCCUUCCGACUGGCGAAGAACUGCACUCUCAAGUUCACCUCCCUGACUUACAAUGCUAAGGAGAUCACCAUGCAGCUGAAAGAAGAGCUGGAAAAUGACAAGUCCUACAAGGUGGAGUGAUCAUCAUAGACCUGCAGGUUCACAGAGAAUGGAGAGUGGGAGAUCAUUCAUAAACCGGCCCGUAGGAACACCUAUAAGAAUAUCCCUAUAGAGAGCAACAAGCACCAGGACAUCACCUUCUAUCUCAUCAUCAAACGCAAACCUCUGUUCUAUAUCAUCAACAUCAUAAUCCCCUCUGUCCUCAUCUCCUUCAUGGCUACACUGGUCUACUACCUACCAGCUGACAGUGGGGAGAAGAUGACUCUGUCUAUCUCGGUGCUGCUGGCUCAGUCUGUGUUCCUGCUGCUGAUCUCACAGAGACUGCCGGAGACCUCCAUGGCUAUACCACUUAUUGUCAAGUAUCUGAUGUUCAUCAUGGUUCUGGUUACGGUGGUGGUGUUGCACUGUGUGGUGGUCCUCAACCUGCACUUCAGGAGCCCCAGUACACACAUCAUGACAGAGUGGACUAGAGAGUUCUUCCUGGAGAGGUUGCCCCGCCUGCUGCGGAUGUCCCGCCCUGCAGAGUCAGAGUCUAGCUGGGAGGGGGCGUUGCCAAGGCGAUCUAGCUCCGUUGGUUACAUUGCUAAGGCGGAGGAGUACUACAGUGUGAAGUCACGCAGCGAGCUGAUGUUUGAGAAACAGUCUGAGAGACAUGGACUGGCCACACGGGCUACACCUGCGGCAGCUGUGAAGCCCCAGUCAGAUGGAGAGGUGACAGAGCAGCUGUACUCUGAGAUGAAGCCUGGUGUGGAUGGAGCCAACUACAUUGUCAAACACAUGCAUGACAAGAAUGACUACAAUGAGGAGAAGGAUAACUGGAGUGGUAUAGCUCGUACGGUGGACCGUCUGUGUCUGUUUCUGGUCACCCCAGUCAUGACAGCAGGCACCAUCAUCAUCUUCCUCAUGGGUAUCUACAACCACCCUCCGCCCCUGCCCUUCGAGGGAGACCCCUACAACUACCUGGAGGAGAACAAACGCUUUGUCUGAUACACACCAACGCUUACACACUUUCGCACAACGUGAAGCGCAGUUCUGCUGUUUGUUCACCUUCACCUUCACUAACACAUCCGCAACCGCCCAAAUAUAAAAUCUGAGGCCUGCCCCCGACCCUAACCCACAAAUAUAGAAAAUGCACUGUGGGCCUACAGUCAGAUGGCAGAACUAUUUUUGGACAGGCCUUUUUAUAUAGGCCUAUGUUUCUGCUUGUCAUUUCCAACAUUUUGGUAGGUUAUUUGUUAGUCAACUUGCUUGUAAAUUGAUAGGCCUAUAUGUAGCUUCUCUACUGUCAUUACUAGUUGACCUAGAAGACUAAGUAAACCCUUUACCAAAAUGUAAUAAAUCCAUAGAAUGAAUGUUUCAAUCUACUUGACAUCGGUAAAGUUUGUUUUCUCUUUCAUCUCUGCUUCUUUCGCAGCAAAGACAUGUAGGGCCCGGGGAGAAAAUUCUAUAAGAACAUAAAAAAACUGGAAAGAUUUUUUAUGAAAAUUUCCUAAUGACAUUAAUUAAGAUCUAUUAAAAAGACCCAACAUGUUUUUGAUAAGAUUUCA